ACCUUACCUCACUUUACCUGUUGCUUGUCGGCUGCUUGGCUCGUCGGCUGUCGGCUUUAUAUUGCAAAAAUGUCAUGUUGGAUCCGUGGGUGUACUGCGAGAGGAGGAAAAAAAAAUGCUUCUGAAAAGAGAAGUUUUUUUACACCUCGCACAGAAAAAAUGUUCAAUAACUGGCUCCUCAGUGGCAUUGCUGCAAGAGGCAGAAAUGAGUUCACUAAAAAUAGCAAAAUCUGUCAACGACAUUUCCACGAAGAUGAAAUAAUAAGAGAAGAUGUCUUCCAAAUGGCAAAUGAUUCGACCGUAACGGUACCACGGAAGGUACCGCUGUUGAAAGAAAAUGCUGUUCCGUCUAUUUUUCCACCGGAAAAAAUCAAUUUUUAUCAUAUAAAUCCUAUAUACGAAGAAAAACGAAGGGAGCAACAGAAUGAAGAGACGAGCGUUGCGGUUUCCUUACAAAGUGUUGUUAAUUGUUCCACUUUUGUGAGUGAUAAAUCCAUGUCACACAAUUACGUUACACACAACGAACAAAGUUCUUCAUCAAACGAAAGAAAUAAAGACUUACUGACAUGGACUGAGCUAAUCACUGGUUUAAAUAAUUUUACUUUUCCACCGAGUUACUGGAGUCCCAUCAUUAAAGAAGAAUCGAUAAUGUGGACUUGCUGGUCGGAAGAUUUAAGUCACUGUAUACGGCGUGUUGUACUGGAGAAAAACAUGACGUUUCGUAUUUUCAUUAGAGACAAAGAAAUUGACUUUCCUGGUGGGAAAAUGGAACAUGUAAACAUAGACAAUAUUCAGAAUCUUCUUCAAGAAGUUUCGAAUAUGCAUCCAUGUAAGGAAGUCAUCAGUGAAACUUGUGCCAAAGACUGUCUUGGAUACGUUUUGACAGAUGUCAGAGCACGUGGUGUGCAGCGUGCCAGAUAUCUUCCAUGUGCCAAGCAUUACAAAAACUGUGUGGGGAGAGUGAGACCGAUAUCAAUGCGCAAAUUAUCGGAACAAAAAGAAUCUUACGUAUGUGAUAUAAAAACAGAAAAAUAUUAGACUGAAGAAGAUAAACAUUGUAAAAUAUCCGUUACUGAAUAUAUUCUGCACAUUGUCAGCAAACAUUAUGCUUAGUAUUCGGCAGUCAUUUAUUAUAAUUAUAAUAAACCGAUAAAUCAAU